AUGCAGGCCAGGGGCCGGUACCUGCUGGCGGGGCUGGCCGCCUGCCUGCUGGCGGGGCUCUACCUGCGGCCGGGGCGCCGGCGGGCGGCAGCCGCCUCCCCGCCGGAGCCGCGCCGGGGCAGCGCCCUGGCGGCGGGGCCGGCGGAGGCGGGCGGCGAGCGGCGGGCGCGGGGCGGCGCGGGGCCGGCGGGCGGGCGCUGCCGCAUGGAGACCUGCUUCGACUUCAGCCGCUGCCGGCGCCACGGCUUCCGCGUCUACGUCUACCCGGCCCGGGGCCGCCUCUCGGAGCCCCAGCGCCGGGUGCUGCGCAGCCUGCGGGGCUCCCGCUUCUACACGCCCGAGCCCGGCCGCGCCUGCCUCUUGGUGCUGCCGCUGGAGCGCGGCCGGCGGAGCCCCGACGCCCCGGCCCGCCCGCCCCACUGGAACGGCGGCCGCAACCACCUGCUCUUCAGCCUCCACCGCGACGGGCCGCUGGGCUUCGAGCCGGGCCAGGCGCUGCUGGCCCAGGCCGGCCCGGGGGCGCCCGGCUUCCGGCCCCGCUUCGACGUCUCGCUGCCGCUCUUCCCCCGCCGGCUCCCGCAGCGGGGCGGCGCCCGGGCCGGCCCCUUCCCCGCGCCCCGCCGCUACCUGCUGGUCUUCGAGGGCCAGCGCUCCCCGAGCGGCCUCGGCGCCGAGACCCGCGCCGCCCUGCGCCACCUGCACAACGGCCGCGACCUGCUGCUGCUCACCGCCUGCCGGCCCGGCCCGGGCGCCCGCUGCGACCGCCCCGCCGCCGACGACGCCCGGUACGAUUCCCAGGAGCUGAUGCAAAACUCCAGCUUCUGCCUGGUGCCGUGGGGCCGGCGCUUGGGGUUCUUCCGUUUCCUUGAAGCUCUCCAGGCCGCCUGCAUCCCCGUGCUGCUGAGCAACGGCUGGGAGCUGCCCUUCUCCGAGGUCAUCGACUGGAACAAAGCUGCCAUCAUUGGGGACGAGAGACUCCUCCUCCAGAUCCCGUCGAUAACCCGCUCCAUAGACCACGACAGAGUCCUGGCCCUCCGGCAGCAGACCCAGUUCCUGUGGGAGACCUAUUUCUCCUCGGUAGAGAAAAUCGUGCUGACGACCCUCGAGAUCAUCCAGGACCGAAUCCAGACGCACAUCAGCAGGAACCACGUGAUGUGGAACGCGCAGCCGGGCGGGCUCUACGUUCUCCCCCAGUUCUCCACCAGCCUCGCCGACUUCCCCUUCUACUACUGCGCCCUGGGACGCAGCCCAGCCAAGGAGUUCACCGCCGUCAUCCAGGCCGCGUCGCCGCUGCUCUCGCAGUCCCAGCCCAUCGUCAGACUCAUCCUCGCGGUGGCCAAGUCCAAGUAUUGUACCCAGAUCGUGGUGCUGUGGAGCUGCGAGAAGCCCCCGCCCCCGAGGAGCCGGUGGCCGUCCGUCCCUGUGCCCUUCAGCGUCGUGGAAGGGGAACACAAGACCAUGAGCAGCCGUUUCUUCCCCUACGACCUCAUCCGGACGGACGCCGUGCUGAGCCUGGACGAAGACACUGUCCUAUCAACCAGUGAGGUUGACUUUGCCUUCACUGUGUGGUGCAGCUUCCCGGAGCGCAUCGUGGGUUACCCAGCCCGGAGCCAUUACUGGGACAGCAGCAAAGGCUGGUGGGCCUACACCUCUAAGUGGACCAACGAGUACUCCAUGGUGCUGACGGGGGCGGCGUUCUACCACCGGUACUAUCAUUAUCUGUACACCUUCUACCUGCCGGGCAGCCUGCACAGCAUGGUGGACCAGAUGGCCAACUGCGAGGACAUCCUGAUGAACUUCCUGGUUUCCGCAGUCACCAAGCUCCCGCCCAUCAAAGUCACCCAGAAGAAGCAGUACAAGGAGACCAUGAUGCAGCAGGGCUCUAAGACGUCCCGCUGGGCCGACCCGGAGCACUUUGCCCAGCGCCAGGCCUGUAUGAACUCCUUCGCCAGCUGGUUCGGCUUCAUGCCCCUCGUCCAUUCGCAGAUGCGGCUGGACCCCGUCCUCUUCAAAGACCAGGUCUCCAUCCUGCGCAAGAAGUACCGGGACAUCGAGAGGCUGUAGAGCUGCCGAAGCCGCGGACGGAGAGUGAGAAGGGGGUGAGGACCCCCCAAAGAAGACUGCGGAGAAGGGACUCCCUCUUGGGAGCCACGGAGGCUUGGCCUGAGGGGCAGGGCCGGGCUGUGGGGCACAAGCAGGGGAGACGGCCGCUGGGCCUGGCUCUGGGGUUAAACCUCUGGGGACAGCCGGAGGCUCGGGAUGCAGAGCACAGAGUCCAGGGGCAGUUCUGUGACUGCUUGCUCCGUGGCUCCUAUCGCUGAUUGGUUCUGGUUUGAUCCCAUUUCCAAGCCAAGAAUCGUGUCUCCUCUCUGGGCCCACGAGCUGCGAGUGCAGACGGAGCCGCACCGAGACGCCUGCUCAGCCGCUCCCUGAUUUUAUCUUUAGCUGCCUUUUACCUUGGUUGCCAGCAAGGGCUCAAAGCCCUUUUCCUCUGGGUGCUUCGCACACAACGACGUCCCCAUCCGCAGGUCUGGCCCGCCAGAGAGCAGCCAGGGGCCGAGCCUCCCUGCCGGGCGAGCAUGGGAGCCCAGGGAAUCCGAGGGAGAGCCGAGUGCGCUGCCCUGUGGAGGAGGGAGAGAUCUGAGUGGGGCACAUGGGGCUGCCACGCACUGAAGGGGGCAGGGAGCAAAGCCCCAGGGGUGUCAGCCCCAGCAGAUCCCCCGCCCCGCGCUCGCAGGGGUGGUAGAGAAGAGUCACGCCGCUCCGUGUCUGCACCAGCUCAGGACUUGACUGCGGAGCCCCGGCAGGUCGUUCUGUGUCUGGACUAGGCAGAGGGGACAUCUCCCCUCCUGCCCCCUUCCAACAGGUGUCCCCAGUACAUCCCGCCAGCCCCUGGGCGUGGGGGAUCCCACGGCAGCCCCCAGCAGAUCUUCAGCACCCUGCUCAGGCCAGAGCCAGCUCCCCCGUCUGAAUCUCCCCUGGAACGGACGGGAGGAGGGCUGGCGAGGAUGGCUGAGCUGCAGGCGUGCGGGCGGGUGAAUGGGGUCUGCGUGGGAGGGCAAGGUUGCUGAGGGGGCAGGGUGGGAGCAGGCAUGAGGAGGGGGGCAGAGAAGUGAGAGGCCCCCAGCAGGUUCUGAUAAGCUGCAGAGAAGCCGGGAGCUGAGAAGCCCGGAGCUCUACGGGACACAUCGUCCCAGCGUGGUGAGUCAGCUUCGUUUCCUCCUCCUCCAGGGAGCUGCCCCUCCCUCUGUGGGGGGAUCUGGAUCGGGGGCAGGGAGAGCUGGUUGGGGGCUCUCUGCAGAGCUCAUCGGGGGCAGAGGGAGGUGCAGAGGAGAGGAACUGUCAGACAUUCGCUCAGAGCCUGGAGCGCAGGCUUGCCAUGGCCAUACUCGGACACUAAGGCAGAGGUGUGGGUCCAUGGUGGGUGUGCGGGGUCCCACGUGGUCUCCAAGGGCCAGUGCAAACCCUCCCCAUCGCCGCUUUAUCGUGUAUCGGGGGUGGGCUGCAAAGGCAUCGUUCAGGGAGCGAGUCACUGGCUGGCAGCGAUGGGCCGGCGAGUCGGUCCCGAAGCCAGGGAGGAGCCCGUGAACUCCUCAUCGUCACCCCCAGAGAUCAGUAGCUUUGUUGCUCCAGCCGCCUCUGGCAUGCACAGCGAUGAGAUGACGACGGGCUAAGGAGACCGAGCCGGAGGGCCGGGGAGGCAGGUGCCGGGGUGAGACCUGCUCCCGCCCGGGAGCCGCCUGAUGAAGAGUCAGACAGGACAGGCUAGAGCCCUGGGAGCCAGACGCCAGGUUAGUUACAAUGAAAUAACUGAGGCCUCCAGAGAGCAAUAGGCCGCAGGUGCCUGCAGGAGAGGGGGAGGAAAACCUCUUGCCACUUGCCCCUCCCCUUCUCACCAGCUCUGUCCGGCCCGGCUCCCGUUUGAUCCCUCAGCAGGUCAGGGUGGAAGUAGCAAGGGGCUGGCUCCAGGUGUCCUCGUUCCCACCUGCCCACAGUGCCGGCUGCCCUGUCUCCCUGCCCCAGUUCAGCCAAAGGUGCGGGCUGGAGGUGGGCUUUGAGAAAGGCGACGGGCUCCCCGCCCUGCCCCAACGCUCUGUUCGAAUGUGUCUCAUGCAGCAGCAAAAUCAGAACGUUUUAUGGCGACUCAGAUGUAAAACCCCCUCCUAGGAACACCUGUAAAUGCCCAUUUUGUAUCAGGAUUUGUUGAAUUAAACUGAACCGAGACUUUGUCAA